GCGGAACCUGCAGGGCGGGGACUGUUAUCCAGAGUGCACACACGGGGAAGCGGAAGCUUGCUGGGAAUAUGUUUAUGAAAUGUUAAGGUUAAUGUUUAUGUUGUUUCAGAUAGAGCACAGACUUCGGAAUGAGCCGAGCAUAAAUGCGUUUUAAAGGCCAACUUUCAUCGUGUCCUCUUCAAUAAGUGGCUCCGAGUUACAGCUGAGAAUAAGGAGACAGUAACGUGAGAGUAACGCCGGACAAAAUGAACGCAAGUAAAAGCAAAGACAACGGCGAAGUUAUUAAAAACUACCACACGCAGGCGUUUGAGUACAUCUCGAAGGCACUGAGGAUUGACGAAGAUGACACAGGAGACAAGGAGCAGGCAAUGCAGUGGUACAAGAAAGGGAUUGCUGUGCUUGAGAGGGGGAUUGCAGUAAAGCUCACCGGACAAGGAGAUCAAUAUGACCGAGCAAAGAGACUUCAAGAUAAAAUGAAUGAAAACCUCACCAUGGCAAAAGACAGACUUGUUCAUUUAGAUGCAACCUUGGCGUCAUCUAGAAGAAAUAGUGAUCCCCCAAAGACCUCAAACCACGUCCAUCCGCAACCAAAGUCUGUACCUAAGAGUCAGCCUGCAGUGCGAGGUGUGUCCACCAACAUCAGGCCCUCCACUGCUGUCAGACCCCCAUCUAGACCCACUGAACCAAAGGUGACUCCACGGGUUGGAAGAGCUCAAAAUGGCAAACCAGCAGCUGUGAAACAGCCCACAAAGAUGAAAAACUUCAAGAAUGUCGACAGCAAACUGGCCAACUUGAUUCUAAAUGAAAUCGUCGACAGUGGAGCAUCUGUGUCCUUUGAAGACAUCGCAGGACAGAAACUGGCCAAGCAAGCACUUCAAGAGAUUGUCAUCCUCCCUGCUUUGAGACCAGAGCUCUUCACUGGCCUGAGAGCUCCGGCACGUGGCUUGCUUUUAUUUGGCCCGCCUGGAAAUGGGAAAACCAUGCUGGCCAAAGCAGUCGCAGCUGAAUCAAAAGCCACAUUCUUCAACAUCAGUGCUGCCAGUUUGACCUCUAAAUAUGUGGGAGAAGGCGAGAAGCUUGUACGAGCUCUGUUUGCGGUUGCCAGAGAAUUACAGCCCUCCGUCAUCUUUAUCGAUGAAGUCGACAGCUUGCUCUGUGAAAGGAGGGAGGGAGAACACGACGCCUCUCGUCGAUUAAAAACUGAGUUCCUCAUUGAAUUUGACGGGGUGCAGUCAGGAGGGGACGACAGGGUGCUUGUAAUGGGAGCGACCAACAGACCCCAGGAGCUCGAUGAAGCAGUACUAAGACGCUUUGCAAAAAGAAUUUACGUGGCGUUGCCGGAUGCAGAGACGAGAUUCACACUGUUGAAAAAUCUUUUGGAAAAACAAGGGUGUCCACUGAGCAAAAAUGAGCUGUCCACUCUUGCAAAAAAGACUGAAGGAUAUUCAGGAAGUGAUCUCACGUCGUUAGCCAAAGAUGCUGCACUGGGGCCGAUUAGAGAGUUGGGCCCAGACCAAGUUCGAAGUGUGGCUGCUAGUGAGAUGCGUAACAUCAAGAUGAAAGACUUUGAGGAAUCCCUGAAGCGCAUUAAGCCCAGUGUUAGCCCAGCGACUCUUGACAUGUAUAGCAAAUGGAACAAAGAUUUUGGAGACACAACAGCUUUUUGAACUCAAUAGAUGAUUUUCACUUGUUAAAAAAAAAAAAAAAACACACACACACAAAAUAACAUAAAAAAAUAAAUUGUUGAUCUGUUUUAAUCUACGGGUACAAGAUGUCAUUAACACAAAUUAACUUACAAAUCUGGGACGAAGUCUUUGUUAAAGCUAUAAUGUAUAAAUAUGAGUAAUGAUUGGCUUAUAUUUCCUGUUUUAUGGGAAGGCUUUGCUAGUACAAUUUGGAGGAGUUCCUUUACUGUAUUAUUACACUCCUUAAAACACUGUCUUACUACCUAAUAUUUCAUUUAUUUAUUCUUAAGAAUGUCACAAUUACAUGUGAACAUUCUCUUGCCUCAAGGGGGCAGCACGUUUCUGUAAAUUCUCACUGAUUUUGGUUAUUUUUCACAUCUAUUAGAUGUAUUGACAAGUUGAUGGUACUGAUCACUAAGUGCCGUACUUGUACACAUGCAAGAGUGAUAAGAAUUGGGAGAUUUGCCAAAUUGGAUGCUUUUGUAUUAUAAGAAUGUUUCUUAGAGUUUGUUUACAGAUACUUAUAUUGUUUUUUCAAAGCUGGAAACAUAAUGGAUUGUUGUGUUGGCUGACUCUUUUCCUAUUUUUUGUCAAGAGAUUUAGUUGAAAAAUAUUUUAUUGAGCAGAACUGUAACAGCUUCCCACUAUUCUCAUGCAUCAAUAAAUACAUUAAAGUUU